GUUAGGUCACUUUACAUAAAGUGACCUAACUGUUUAUUAUUAAUUUUUAGUGUUUUAAAUAUAAGAACAUUUAAAUAUGUUGAUUCGGUAGAAUCAUGGCAUCGUUAGGAACAUUUCCUUACCUGCUGUGGCUGUUACUACUGGCGGUUGGUGUAAUAAUCUCAAGCCUGCAUCCAGUUCUUAUAAAUCUUGGCAAACAAAAUGGUAAAAUACCUUUCAGUUCUGCUUCCGUGGCUCUUCUUGUAGAAUUCUUUAAGCUUCUCAUAUCUGCUGGUUUUGUCCUGAAAGACAUUUUUACAUAUGAAAAAUUCACCAUUCCAUCGCCACGUAUCAUCAUGCUGUACUCUGUGCCCGCUAUCUUGUAUACUGUAAAUAACAACCUCAUCACACAUAUUCAAUUAUAUAUGGAUCCAUCUUCAUUUCAGCUACUGAAUAAUUUAAAAAUAGCAGCCACUGCAAUCUGCUACUUUUUCAUAAUAAACAGACAUAUAUCCAGAAGAAAGUGGUUUGCUGUUUUUCUUCUGUUUGUCUCUGGUGUAGUGAACAGUAUUGGUGGAUUACGUUCUGAUGAUGACACUAAAACAAAAAGCACCCUGUACAUAACCUUCACUGGACUGUAUCUUGUUAUCAUUUACUGUGGGAUAUCUGGACUGGCUGGAGUUUAUACAGAAGCUGUUUUGAAAAGAUACAAAACGACAUCCAUACAUCUUCAAAAUAUUAUCUUAUAUGCUUUCGGUAUCUUAUUAAAUGCUGCAACGUUCUUCUUCUCAUCGACGCCAUCAUCUGGAUUUCUUGACGGAUUCUCUAUUUGGACAUGGUCGAUUGUUGUUACGCAGGCAUUGAAUGGUAUAAUAAUUUCACUCGUGUUAAAACAUUCCAGCAACAUCACACGCUUGUUUAUGAUUGGUGCAUCUAUGGUCCUCACGUCCGUCUUUACGUACUUUAUAUUCGGUUAUAGUAUUCAUAUUUAUUUUUUCAUUUCAUUUUUAAUUGUAAUUAUUGCGCUAUAUUUUUAUCAUGAAUUUCGUGUAGAUGUAACACGAAAAUUGAAUAUUUAGUUUAGUUUAUAAUUAUUUGUUAAAAUUGUCGAGGGAACGUUCAACGCGAUAAACUUUUGAGAGCAGAUGUUUUUGUUUUAAAUUUUUUUUUAUAUUGUUUGUUUUAAAAAAUGAAACUUUUGAAGCUCUUGUCGAAGUUAUAUUGGCAGAA